AUGACCUUGGUUCUUAAUCGUGUUGAUUACACAACUGUUGGUGUAACUUCUCGAGGAACGAUGAAAAUAUUACCAUCGAGUGACCCAAAAGCGACCCAGAAAUUCGCUGUUGGUGACAAUGAUGGAAUUAUUUAUAUUUUUAGCAUGAAGAAAAAUGAACUCCAGUUGGUGUUUAAAUCACUUCCAAGUUAUAAAAUAGAAAAAAUAGUUCUGGGUGGUGGUACCAGUAACUCCAAUGAUGUACCAAAGGACAGAAUAUUCGUGGCAUAUAACAAUUCUGUAAAAGGAUACACUAAAAAAGGGAAACCUUUUUUGGAAUUCGAUACCAACCUUAUGGACACUAUUUCUGCCAUGUUCGUUUUAGGAGGAGACUUAGCAGUGUGUGCUCGUGAUGUUUACCAUCGUUACCAGAACUGCAAAGACGCAGACUCUCUGCUCGUUGGAGAAACCUUAAAUGACGUCAUUCUUUUGCCUAGUGGGGACAGUGCGGGUUCAGUAACUGCAAUUUUAGCCUGUGGAGAUCGUGCAAUUCGCAUCUUGACCAGUAGAAAAAGUCCAACAGUUUUGAGGCUCUCUAGUAUACCGACAGUGUUUUCUUCUUUCAAAGAACAUGACCGUGAGUUGUACGAUCGAGUAUUGCUUGGUACUCAAGAUGGAAAAGUUGGCCUUUUACUUCUUCCCGGCAGCAAAACCGUCCGAAACAUCUGGUUGUUGAACACUUAUGGAUCAGAAAUCACUUGUCUUGAUACCUAUGAUCUAGAUGGUUCAGGAGUUGAUAUUAUUGUUGGGAGACUUGACGGAUCUGUUGAAGUCUUUAAUUUCUCUGGGCUUGAUGAAAUCCUGACCCCUUUACUGAGAUUUAAAUAUGUUGCUGGAGAAAGCAUUACUUCAGUUGGCGGUGGUGUCAUUGGUACUCCAGAGUACAAAGAAGUUCUAGUCACGACGUAUUCUGGAAAAAUAUUCGGAUUAACCACCAAACCUCCAGGAGCUCUAGAAGCUGGUGUUGCUUCCAAUGAACCAGAGACGAUACGUCGACUAGAGGCUGAGAUCCGUGAACUAGAACAGAAGUAUCAAGAACAAAGUGAAUAUGGAGGUUUCCUUAUGAGUGCAGAUCCUUUUCUAUCACCGUCAAUAUUAUGCGUCAAUCACAGAAUGACACUAAAUCGAGACACUGCGACUUACUUGCUAUCAAUUGAAUUGGACUCUCCAAUUGAUUUUAUAUUGAUUCAAUCGAACACUCCAGUCGAGUUGAUAGAUGACAAUAACAAUGCCGUUUUAAGUUUCUCAGAGGUCAAUCCUGCUAAAGAUGGGAAUUAUGUACUAGCUACGUACAGAUGUCAAGUCAAUACCAAUCAACUCGAGACAAAGAUCAAAACUAUUGAGGGACACUCUGGUCUGCUUCAAAUAUAUGUCACAUGUCAGAUUCAACCCAAAUGUUGCAGAGUAGUUAAAAUUCCUAUCUUAGCACUAUCACUUCAUAUUAGAGUACAUGAAGACGAUGAAGAGGAUAUGAAGAAAUAUUUCUCUUCCUCUGGUCCCUACAAUGAACUGAAACUCGUAGGGAACUUUACUGUUGCUGAGAUCCACGCUUGGUUAUCGCUUGCUCUACCAGAGCUAUCAGAGAGACCCACUUUAAAUGACAACGAAGUUAAGUUAAAUUAUGUAUCAACGCGUAUUGGAUCAACCCUUAGAUGUCAAUAUAAAAAAGGAACUGCUGUUUUCUCAAGUGAAAAUGUAUCAACAAUACUGAUCUUGCGAGACUUGAUGACUAAGGAAGCUACCAAACGGAAAAUCAAGCUUGAUGUGUUCUGCACUGUUGAUGAUGGAGCAAUGAAAAAAAUGCUAGAAAAAAUAUUUCCUCAAUUAAAAAAUGCUCACGAGUUGCAAGAAAACGUCCAGAUAAUAAAUGCUUUACAUGAUUGGGACAUGAUUGAUAAUCCAGAAGAAACCUUGGGAACUCAUUUCCAGAAGUUGUUGAAAGAUGAAGAAGAUCUUAAGAGAAAGUAUGAUAAAAAUCCUAAGGCCCUUCAAGAGAUCCAGACAAUUAUUACUGAGUUGUAUGUCGAUUGGAAACGUGCUAAAGGCUCUCAUCAGAGAUUGACCAGUGAAAUGGCAAAGGAAGAUUUAAAUAAUGCAAUGGAGUCGGGUGAGUUUUCAGUUUUACUUGAAUUAUUUAUGAAAAAUGAUUCUAAUUCUCCGGAUCGUUCACCACCAUCAUCACCUACAAAGCCAACAUCACAAGAUGAUGCAACAGAAAGCUAAAAAAAUUAAUAAAUUUAUGAAUUUUUAGAUUAAAUGAUUAAAAUAAUGCAAUUAUUUGUGAUUUUUUGUAUAUCUUUCUCUAUUAAUUAUUUUUGUUGUUUUUUUUUUAUAAAAAAAUGCAAAUUUAUCAUUAGUAGCACUUACAAUUUCUUCAUCAAUGUCUUCUGAUAAUGCGAGUAUUACUUAAUUGCAAUAAAUAUUUACACAUAUAAUGUAAAUGAUAAAAAAAAAACUAAAUGAA